GAAAGAAAAGAAAAAAGAAAAAAAAGACGUUACUUACGAUGAGUGCGGUCAAGUCGGCGUUAGGCGAUAUGGUGAUAACCUUUCUGUGGGUUAUUCUCUCGGCCACGUUUGGGUUGCAGACGGCGGCGAUUGUUUCCGCAGCCGGGUUUCAUGGCGUCACUUGGGCACCUCUGGUGAUCUCUACUUUGGUUGUUUUUGUCUCCAUCUCCCUUUUCACUGUUAUCGGAGACGUUCUUGGUGGCGCUAGCUUCAAUCCUUGUGGAAACGCUGCGUUUUAUACUGCCGGCGUUUCUCGAGAUUCUCUCUUCUCCUUGGCGAUAAGAUCUCCUGCUCAGGCAGUUGGUGCGGCAGGAGGUGCGAUAACGAUCAUGGAGAUGAUACCAGAAAAGUAUAAGACUAUGAUUGGAGGAAAGCCUUCAAUUCAAGUUGAUGCAGUACACAUUGGAGCUAUCGCAGAAGUGAUUCUAAGUUUCAGUGUUACAUUCUUGGUGUUACUAAUAAUCCUAAGAGGUCCUCGAAAACUGCUGGCUAAAACUUUCUUUCUCGCUCUCGCUACCGUAUCAGUGUUUGUCGUAGGAUCUAACUUCACUAGACCAUUCAUGAACCCUGCCAUUGCAUUUGGGUGGGCAUAUAUAUACAAGUCUCACAAUACAUGGGACCAUUUCUAUGUGUAUUGGGUUAGCUCCUUCACCGGAGCUAUAUUAUCUGCGAUGCUCUUUCGAAUUCUAUUUCCGCCGCCAAGUCUAGUCCAGAAGAAACAGAAGAAAGCCUGACGAAAAAGUACUAGUCAAAAACAUUUCUUGAAUCCAUCCCCUUUGUUUGUAGCCGUAGUACAAAUCCCUUUGUCUUUUGUUUGUAGACUUAUCAAUGUCUUCUUUACAGACGUCACAUUUGUCCGGUUUGUACGUAAUCUUUUUUUUUACUCUUGUCCGGUUUGUAUGUAAUCUUCUUUUACUCUUGUCCGGUUUAGUAUUGUUGGUUUUAUCACUAUAACAA